CAUCAACUCUGUCCAAAGUCGAUAAAACGGACAAUUCUCAAAAUCAUGUAACCACUACCUGGAAAACCUGUCUCCAGCUGCGCAAGGACAUUGCAGGAGGUGCUUACGCACAGCCCAUGUGUUGAUAACCCAAACAUGGAUUCCGAAUCUGAAACCGUACGCGUUGAGGGUGACCCCCCAAUGCGGUGGACAUUGUAGUCUUUCGUUCUCAUUGAUUCUACAUUGACCUUGAAAAUCGAAAGUCUCCCAUGAACAGACAAGAUACCCUCCUGGAGCCACUGGUAAUCCAAGAACCUCCACAUUCAGCAUACCCUGUCACAAUGUCAUUCUUCAAUACCACCGCAACUCUACAUCACGUAACCCCUUUACCAGCGGGCGCGACUUUCGAAACGGCCCUCGACAAGCUCCAGGACCAUGAUCUCCUCAUCCGACUCGACCCCGAGCUUGCGCACUAUGAGACCUUGCCGGCGCUGGAAGACUCGCCGAAGACCUGCCGCUACAAAGUCACAGACCACAUGCAUACGCUUCCGAAAGGGCUAUGGGACACAACUGUGACCUUUGAGAGUCUCAUUACGAACACCUCGGAUGGCGUGGAAUGGGUUAUCAAGGCUCCGUUGGGCUUGUCACAAACGACGACAUGGCGGCUUGUACGGAAUAGUGAGUUGAAGGGUGGCCAGGAUGAAAAUGGAAAUGAGGACGGAGGGCCGGGGUUCCGAGAAGAGUUGGAUGGGUGGUCCCUCGUCGAAGAUGUAGAGAUCAGGGGCUCGCGACUGCUUGUGGGCACCGUGAAGGGGAAAUGCGAAGAGAAUUGGAAAGGUAUACAUGCGAGAUAUGUGAGUCAGGUUACUGGUGUAACUGCUACUUCUCCAGGGACAGAUCCCCAUGAAGGGUAGAGUACACAUGGACCAGUCAUGUAACGCAUACUGAGGCGAUCGGAAUCUAACUACUCAUUAUCGUGC